AUGAAUGUCUCUGAUAUGGAAUACAUGCUGCGAAGUAGGGAAGAUAGAAGUGGACGGCAUACCGGACAGAAAUGCUGCGAUGUACCAACACCCACCGAGGCAACAUAUCCUUCUUCCUGGGAGGAAAAUCACCUUCAGAUAAUCAGAACUGGACCCCAAACUUCGAAGCCGUACGGGCCUCAAUACGGUUUGCAAUCGCCACGGGCCGACUCGACGCCACUUAACCAUAUAGACGAACACAAAUCAACCACUCUUCCCGCUCUAACUCACGCCAACCACCUCGUGCCAGACACGGAUGUUGAACACUUGAAGAAACGCCUUCAAGCCAGCUACUAA